UGGUCGUCGUCAGCAACCAACGUACACAAUUUAACAACCAGGAACAGGCGGUGCGGUCAGCCCGCUGCUCUUUAGCUUCCAUUAUAAAUCAUUAACCGACCACAUUGUUCCUCUUAUUAUUAUUAUUAUAAGUCUGUGCCGCCAUCUCCGCAAAAUAUUGUCUGUCGGCAUGAAUCUCGGAGACGGCCUCCUGUUUGAGCUUGAAAAUGGAAAACCCAAGUUGAUUUUACUCAGUCGUGGCGUUGAGAAGAAUGCAGCAAAGCUGUCCUGCAGGUCCAGAGUGGCUAACAUCCUGAGCUCCAGGCAGCCGUCCUGUGUGGAGGAGGUGCAGGGAGAGGAGCAUCCAGCCCGGCAGCAGGCGGGAAGGCAGAGAGAAACCAAGAACAAGGCAGGAGGAGCAGCCGCCUCCUUCGCCUCUAACAACACCACCACCACCACUGGGGGGAGGAGCACCACUGUGUCAUCAUCCAAGACACUCAAAGUUGUGGCUAAGGGGAAGUCAGACAGACACAAACACGGCACUACUGUUGGCUCCUUGAGAGGCAAUGGGAAAACGGGACAGCCUCAGAGCAGUGGAACACGAGCCGGUGGAAAGGUGGGACUAAAGGAUGCGUUGGUCAGUGGGAACGCAGGACUGAAGGACAGUGUGGUGUGUCUGACCAGUGAGCAGCUUCAGCAGAUCCUCAACACAGUCCAAACCACCAGCAAUGGCCAAGACCCACCAGAGGACCACAGGACCCAGGGAAAUCCAGCAGACUCAAAAUCUGGCUCCUCGAUGAAUGAAGGAGGAAGAGGGAAGAGAAAGGAGGAAGACAGAGGAGGAGGGGAAGAAAUAAAGAGGGGAGAAGGAGGAGAAGGAACGGAUAGACCUGGAAGCUCACAGGAUAAAGACAACAGGUUGCCUGGAUGUCUGUUCAGCUGGCUGGAGGAGCGACAGUCAGAGAGCAGAGCGGCCAUCGAUGCCAAGAAGGCUCAGUGGAGGAGAGAACUAGAUGAGCAAGUGGCAAUGAAGCAGCAGCAGCAGCGCUCGGCCCCUGGCAGGCUCCAGGCCGAGGAGGACACAGAGAGUGUGUUAUCAGUUCAGAGCUCCAUCAGCCACAGAGAACAGCCUGCAGCCAUCAGAUCCAGCCUCAGACUCGGGGAGGUCACUCCGAUGGAGGUGCUGAGUGUCGAGAGGAAAGAGGAGCAAAAGAGACGCUGGCUGGAGGAGCUGGACCAACAGAGAGAGGAGACGACUGAACGCAGGAGACGAGAGAAACUGUUGCAGCAACAGACGGAGGACCACGAGCACUGGGCCUCACACUUCGACUCGCUGCAGAGAAGACCUCCUGUCCAGACUGCCGCUCCAUCAGCUCCACCUCCAGCCCUGUCUAAUGGCUCCGAGCGAGGGGACUGGGAGCCCUCGUCCAGCCUGUCCCUGGUCUGGGAGGCCAUGAGCAGCUGUGGAGCAGAGAGCGUCGGGGGAGCCAGCGUGGACACAACCAGCGGAUACCCGACCAGAACCAGUUAUCUGAGGUCCAUGACCGCCCUGCUGGACCCGGCCCAGAUAGAAGAGCGAGAGAGGAGGAGGCUCAAACAGCUGGAGCAGCAGAGAGCGAUUGAAGCUCAGGUGGAGGAGAAGCGGCGGCAAAGGGAGCGAGAAGAGGCGAGGAGGAGAGAAGAGGAGGAGGAGGAAGAGAGGAGGGUGGUGUAUGACAGAGAGAUGCUGGAGAAACGGUACGGGGUGGACACACAGAAGGAGAAGCAGAAGGAGCAGCAGAGCCAUCAGGACGAGCAGCCAAAUAAAGGCAACAAUGAAAAAAGACAUCAGGAGAACUCGGAGCCUGUCGCAGUUACCAGACAAGGCGAGGGUUUGGAGGAGGUCAGCAGUUCAGCCUCCCCAUACAAACACACUGCUGUACAAACAGAGGCAGUUCCCUCUUUCCCACUCAGAGCCGACAGAGUUCAGACUCCUGAUGUCUCUGCACAGUACCAGCCACCUCCUUCCCUCUCUGCUGCUCCUCCAAACAGCAGAAGCCGAGCAGUGAGAACAGGCAAGGAGAACAUCUGUCUGCCAGGAGGAGGAGGCAGCAGAGGAGGAGGAGGAGGAGACCCAUAUGAGGCGUUUGCCAGGACGGAGAAGAGCAGGAGAGACAAGAGGAGGCCGGAGUGGAACACACAGAGGCCCAGUCGUCAGUUCGUUCCAGCCUCGGAGCGUUACCCGGCCUCUCUGCAGAGGAACAGACAGGAGAGUCGGAUGAAAAGGCAGGCCGAGCUCCUCGCUCUGCAGGAGAAGGCCUGUCUGUCCAAGACCAACCCUCCACCUCAGAACCAGGAGCCACGUCUCUGCUCCAACCCCACACAGACCAGAACCAGUCCCACCAGGAAGAUAGGAGGCCUCCUGGUGGAGAGCGUUUCCAGAGGACACAACGUCUCUGCAGCCGUCAGCACUGAAAGGGGGCGCUCUCCUCCCGUCCCUGCUGUCAGACACAGAGUUCAGAGUCAGCAGGCCCCGCCCUCCUCUACCCCUCCUCCUCCUCCUCCUCCGGUCCUGGAGUUCAUCCCUUACCUCCGGACUGAUGAAGUCUUCAAGUUGGACCCACUGGAGCCUGCUGACACCCCCCCACCGCACACACACACAGAAGCUCCUCCUCAGAGCUCAGGGUCUCCUCCUGCUCCCUCACAUCGGGAUCGCCUCCUCCACCCCGAACUGCUUCGUAACACACACACACACCGACAGCAGGAGAUCCUGAGAGGCCUGGCUCAGUUACGGCAGGGUUUAUUACAGAAGCAGAGGGAGUUGGAGACGGAUCUGAAUCCUCUACUGAAGCGCCAUGACAACGAGCUCCGAUGACCUCUGACCUCUGUGUGUGCGCUGACAAUGAAGAAUGUUUCAACCAGCCAUCAUGGACAACAUUCAACCUCUGAAACUGGACGAGUGCCGCAGUGUGUUUACUUACAACUGCAGCGGAUUCUUGGGAGUUUUUUUUAAUCCAGUUGACAUUGGAGGUGACUACAGUAACAGAAACUAACAUUUGCUUUGUCUGAUCACACCUGAUUUUAAAAUGUUUUUUAAUUCUGACAGCAGGAAUGUGAGUUGCAGUUUCAACACGAGCACUUUUAACUUUGACCUCAGUGUUUCCUUUUUAAAUCUGCUCCAUCAGCUCUACCUCACAUCAACAUCUUUAUAACACGAAUAAAACUAAAGUACCGCUCAUGUUUCCACCUGCUCACUGACUGAAUUUAUGUGGACGAGUAACAUUUUCUGUGACGAUUGUAUUUUUAAAGUUCUGUUUUUGAUGCACUUUCUAAACGAAUGACACGGUACCAAACAGGUAUUGAGAGUUACCGUCUUUUAUUCUUCUUCUUCUUCGGGGGGUCGGAGGCACCACAGUUCCUGCAGAGGACAGUCGACUUAUUUAAAUCAUGAAUCAAAGUUAUUUUGUUUCUUCAGCUUCCUGCUGGACGAGGAGCUUCUGUGUUAUUGUAAUUUUUCUUUUUUUUUAAGUUUGUAUUGUGUCAGUGUAUUUUUUUAUUUAUUGUAAGUGUAAUAAAUAAUUGAGAAUAAGUGUA